GGCACGUGGGCAGCGGGGCUGGUACAGCCGUCUUCCGCCGGCCCUGCACUCGAGCGUGCGCGAAUCUGUCAAUCCCCCAUGCUCCUGAGACCGGCCCUCCCCGUCGCCGUCAGUUCCACUCUCCCACUCUUCUCCCAUCUCGCCGCCGUCCGCCGUCGGUGCUCAAUCGCCGCCACGGGCAUGGCAGGAGUCUCCGCCGCCUCUCCCGCCGCAGCACAGAUCGGCAGCUUCCUCUCCAAGAAGCCCUACGCGCCGCCGUCCUGGGCCUCGCACCUCGCCCUCGCCCCAUCCCACACUUUCUCCCUCGGCCACUUCCCAACCCCGAUUCACCAAUGGAAUCUGCCAAAUCUGCCGGAGGGCACUGAAGUGUGGAUCAAGCGGGACGAUCUGUCGGGUAUGCAGCUGAGCGGGAACAAGGUCCGGAAGCUCGAGUUUCUGCUGUCAGAUGCCGUCGCGCAGGGUGCGGACUGUGUUAUCACUGUCGGUGGUAUCCAGAGCAACCAUUGCCGAGCGACGGCAGUGGCUGCCAAGUAUCUCAAUCUUGACUGCUAUUUGAUACUGCGUACUUCCAAGCUUCUUGUCGAUCAGGACCCUGGUUUGGUUGGCAAUCUCCUUGUUGAGAGACUGUUGGGCGCGCACAUUGAUCUUGUCUCAAAAGAAGAGUAUGGGAAAAUUGGCAGUGUGGCUUUAGCGGACUUGCUUAAAAAGAGGCUUUUGGAGGAAGGACGGAAGCCAUAUGUGAUUCCUGUUGGUGGAUCCAAUUCACUUGGAACUUGGGGAUAUAUUGAAGCAGUAAGAGAGCUUGAGCAGCAAAUUCAAUUAUCUGGUGAUGUUCAGUUUGAUGACAUUGUUGUUGCCUGCGGCAGUGGCGGAACUAUUGCUGGUCUUGCUUUAGGAUCAAAAUUGAGUAGCUUAAAGGCAAAAGUCCAUGCAUUCUCUGUUUGCGAUGACCCUGAAUACUUCUACGAUUAUGUUCAAGGCCUGAUUGAUGGACUACAAUCUGGCUUGGACUCACAUGAUAUAGUCAGCAUUCAAAAUGCUAAGGGCUUAGGUUAUGCCAUGAACACAGCUGAGGAGCUUAAGUUUGUUAAAGAUAUAGCUACAGCAACAGGCAUUGUGCUUGAUCCAGUCUACAGUGGGAAGGGAGCAUAUGCAAUGCUGAAAGACAUGGCUGAUAAUCCAUCCAAGUGGAAAGGGCGAAAAGUCCUCUUUGUCCACACAGGUGGCCUUCUUGGGUUGUAUGACAAGGUUGAUCAGAUGUCAUCUUUGGCUGGGAGCUGGCGAAGAAUGGAUCUUGAAGAAUCAGUCCCACGCAAAGAUGGCACUGGUAAGAUGUUCUGAUUGAUAUGCUCCAGAAACCGCUCCAUUAUGGGCUGGAGUUUCAGAAAUGUCAUUCAUCUUAAGUGUAUAUGCUCUUACAUUUGUAAAAGAAAAUUCAGAAUAGACAGCUAGCAUGGAAUGUUGAUAUACAAGAAUAAAGUGCAUCGUUCUGCCAUUUGAAAAUAAAGCUAUCUGUAUUGCUUAUUUAAA